AUGGAUUUCGAAUAUUUAGAAGAAGAUACUCUUGGUAUGACAUUAACGUCAGGAACAUGUGUAUUAAAAAAAGAUGAUCAAAAUUUAGUUGGAAUUAGUAUUGGUGGUGGUUAUCCAUAUUGUCCUUGUUUAUAUAUUGUACAAAUAUUUGAUAAUACAUCUGCAUCAAGAGAUGGAUCAAUGGCUGCAGGAGAUGAAAUUGUUUCUGUUAAUAAUAAAUCAGUAAAAGGACGAACAAAAGUUGAAGUAGCUAAACUUAUUCAAGCUUCCAAAUCAGAAGUAAGAAUUCAUUAUAAUAAAUUACAUGCUAAUCCAAAAGAAGGAAAAACAUUAGAUAUUAUUAAACAUCGUGUAGUCGAAUCCAUGAGUUCAUCAACUGCCGAUGCUUUAGGUUUUAGUCGUGCUAUUUUAUGCAACGAUAGUUUAAUUAAAAAAUUAGAUGAACUUGAUCAUACAGCAGAUUUAUAUCGUGGUCUUAUAAAACAUACACGUUCAGUACUUAAGGGCAUAUUUGAAUUAGCUCGUAUACAUCGUAAUUUUGGUGAUGCAUUUGCUAAUAUUGGUGCUCGUGAACCUCAAUUUAAAGCAUCAGAAGCAUUUACAAAAUUCGGUAAUGCUCAUCGACAAAUCGAUCUGUACGCCCUAAAACUACUUGAAACCGUUAAACCGAUGGUGAACGAUUUAAAUACAUAUUUAACGAAAGCUAUUCCUGAUACUCGAUUGACAAUUGAAAAAUAUGCUGAUGCUAAAUUUGAAUAUUUAUCAUAUUGUUUGAAAGUAAAAGAAUUGGAUGAUGAAGAACAUAGUUAUGCAGCAUUACAAGAAUUACUUUAUCGUGUUGAAACUGGAAAUUAUGAAUAUCGAUUACUUCUUCGUUGUCGACAAAUAGCUCGUGAUCGUUUUGCUUCGAUGCGUUCCGAUGUACUUGUAAAAUUAGAAUUACUUGAUCAAAAACAUGUUCAAGAUAUUGUCUUUCAAUUACAUCGUUUUAUCACUGCUCUUGAAAAAUAUCAUAAAAAUUGUGAUGCAAUUAUGAAAGAAGCUGAUAUAUUUCCAAUUGAAGUUGAUCUGAGUUUAGCAGUAUUUCAUAAAAAAAAUCUCGAUGAUGAUGAUGAUGAUGAUGAACUCGAUAACGAAUCUAAUCAAAAUGAACAACAAAAGACAGAAGAUGAGGAUUUCUUUAAUAUUGGAGAUUAA